GCUACCGUGAACACGUUACACCCGCCGUUCCAACUUUCUGGUGACUACUUGUCCUAGGUGUGUGUGCAAAUGUGAGAUACAAAGAAAGUAUAUUCUUAGAUUCCGUAAAGCUCAAUUGGAAGCAAGUGCUUUGCGGAAGUUAUUUAUUUGUGCGUUCCCGGCGGCAGCGGAAGUGAACUGGAACUGGUAGCAGGAAGGAGCCAGACGUUUGCUGGUUGUUCUUUUGUUUGUUGGAACCGAAUUGCUCAAUUCACUACCAGUCAUGAAUGGGAACGGGUUGGACGUUUUUCCAAGAAGACGAUUCUAUCGGUGCAGUGAAAUAGCAGUGUUAUGCUCGAAGAGAAAAGAAAGAUGCCACUAGUUAAUACCAACAUGUGCGCCGAUUACCUAUUCUACGUUAGCCGGGCGGAUAUCUUUUCGGUUUAUCCCUCGAUUCUGCACGAGAUUCUGUUACUGGAGGAACUGUUCCGGACAAAAAAGGUUUCCCCCUUCGGAUUCACGGUUACGACAGAUCAGUUAAGAUUGCAAUUGCCGAGCGAGUUUGAAUGGCAGUUGAAGCAGUACUUCCGAUUGCUGGAGCAGCAGAAGAAAAUUAACGCGGCAACGGAAAGUGGAAUCCAGCUGAAAACCUCCCUGGACCUGAAGGAGACCACCCUGUGGGAAUCGAAAGCGAAAUCAAUCGAGGAUGCAUCACCUUUCUCAUCGCCAUCGCCGGGCGGAGAUCUGGCAGCCUACCGCCGUAAGCGUCGCCGCUGCUUCCUGGACAAUCCAAUCGAUUUCUGCAACAUCGACGAGUACAAUCAGUGGCGCCUGGAGGACAUCGCCCGCGCCGGUCGCCUGCUCAAGAAACCACCCCUCGAAGUAUCGUUCGACGAUGAGUUCGAAAUGCGGAAAGUUUUCUCCAUGAUCUACGACGUGUUUCGGUUCAAACUUGUCUUACAACAGGCUUUGAAAAAUAUUCAUUUCUAUGAGAACUAUCCGCAGCUUGAGCAUGAAUCAACGCGUGUUUGGCUUCUUCUAUACGAUAUGUACCUCAGAAAGUUUUCGAAGCGGGAACCCGAAAUCGUUCGAGUUAAGAAUAUAUUAUUUGCGGAUGCCGAUUUACUGGAAAUAGAGUACUGUUUGGAGAGCAACAGCGUUAAAAUUGCCGCUGCCCUUACACGCAUUCGUAUCCAGAAUAGCGCAUACAGCUUGAUCACGCUUCUUCCACCGCAUCUUCAGGACGACAAGGUCGCCGUCGUUGUGUCCAAUCCGAUCAUCACAGGAUGGAUCAACACUUUCCGUCUGAAAACCAAACGGCAAGCAAAUGAACGAAUGAGAUCAAUAGGUUUUGAACUGAUCGAGGAACCAACCAUAUCGCAUUCAAGUAUGUUGAACCUCUACAAUCCUAAAGACAGAAUCUACAUCCCACUCUCGGUGGGUAAGUACAAAUGGGACAAACUAUGUCCACAGGUUAUUUCCCUUUACCCAGAAAACCGAACUGAAUUCAUCCGAACGGAGGUUUUCGCACAACACGAGAUCGUAAUACAGGAUCGAUCAUUCAUGAUUGGUCCAACGAUUUUCACAAAUUUGCUAGAGUUUUAUGAACUAUACGGAGAUGUGGUUCAAACGCACAUUUCCUCUCCUAGAUCUACUGCUUUCCUGGCAUCGCUAUUAAUCAACUGCAAACGAUGUAGAAACUUCAUCGCAUUCGGCUGUGGCAGUAAACUGAGCAGCUACCGUGCCUAUAUGAAUGCGCUCGGAGUCACUAAUGUGAGGCUGUAUGCCGAGAACUUCGUGGACGUUCCACAUGGAGCCAACAUGAUCGACAAGGUGGUAGGCAUCUUCGUGAACCCCCCAAGCUCAUACUCGGCCGUCAGCGACCCGAUUGAUCUCAUUUGCAGUCGCGGUGGUGAUCUGUCUAUGCUGGAAGUAUUAUCCGAAUCGGAAAUGACCGACGAAAGUAGAAAGCGAGUGGCCACGCUUCUUGAGCAACAACGUGAAUCGCUGAAGCAUGCCAUGGCUAGACCCCAGGUGCAGUUCAUUCUGUACCAAACACAUUCGAUCGUGCCUACCGAAAAUGAAAUCAUGGUUGAGAAAGUAAUUGAAUACAUCAAUCAAAGGGCGUACGAUGUGCAUUUCCAAGCCGCAAAAGAGAAGGAACAGGCUGCUUUGGCAGAAGCUGCCGGGAAUCUGAUUGUGAACCGUCUUAUGAUGGGUCGUCAAGAUACAAGCAAGAAAUCAGAGGAAACCGUAGCAGCUUCCGGUGAGAAUGAUUCCGAGUUAGACGGAGAGUCACGAAAACCAUCCGAAGAAGAAAUCGAAGUUCCCCUGAGCGAUCAGUUUGAAACGGCAGAACUUCCAGACUUUUGUCCGAACCGUGAUGCUUGUCUAGAUUUUGAAGAGGAUGGUGUCUACUUGUCGUUGAUUAAACGAAAAGAGGUCAUCCAGCUAAAUUCAAAGUAUUUGAUCAAAAUUGCUGAGGUUCGGGGAAUAUUCGGCGACAACAGUGAGAAGGAAGCGCGGACUAAUGUCAAGAUAACGAAGCGAUCAGAAAAGAAAUCCGAAGAACAGGAGGCAAUCGAGAUAGGAAAUCGCAAACGACGGCUCAAGCGACGUGGGAGUAACAUGGAUUCAUUGAUCAGUAGGUUGAACACUCCGACUCAAGCAUCGUUGAAGCGAAAUCAUCACCAUCGAAUGUCCUCCGUGGAGCAUAAAUUUAUGUUUUCGAUCCAUACCAAGAAUGGUGCCCAAAAUAUGCUGGGACUCGAAGCGAAUACAAUCUCUCUGUCCUUAGUGAUGAACGGGUGUCGCUACAUUCAGUAGAUGAUACAUCACGAGCGAGGAUUUGGUGGCGAGAAACAAUUGAACACGUUAGAAACAAGAUUCGACAGAAGAAGCUCGGCAAAGAGGUGGAUAUUCCUGCAUUACAGCUUAAGAGGCAUAUUGGA